AUGUCGAGCGAAACGACGAAGCAAGUCAACGUCUCGGAAGGUGCGCCAGUUGAGCUGGACCAAAAAGCGCAGCCAAAAAUGGAAGCAAACAAGGAUGCAGGUUCUGAGGAAUUGAACCCUGACGGAACCCCGCUUUCAGACAAACAGCGACGAAAGCGUGCAGAAAAGGCUGAAAAAGAGCGUAUCAAGGCUGAGAAGGCAGCUCGCCUUGCGGCGGAGCAGGCUGCGCGUCAGGCUGCCGAUGUCGACUUUGCCACAGAAAACUAUGGUGUACUUCCGAUGAAUUGUUCGCAAGAAAGGAAGAACGAGCAGUUGUUUGCUAUUGAAGACAUCCACCCUGAGAAGGAUGGUCAGCCUAUCACGCUGUUGGCGCGUCUACAGACGAGUCGUCUCCCAUCCGCGAAACUUGCUUUUCUUACGUUCCGCAAUGGUGUGCACUGCGUGCAAGCCACACUUGCUGUGACCCCGGAAAAGAUCUCGCGUCAGAUGGUCAAAUGGGCUGCUGCUGUUACGCCAGAAUCAAUCGUUCGAGUAGAAGGCACCAUUUCUAAAGUACCCAAGCCAGUUGAGUCUCCAUCUGUGACGGUAAAGGAUGCAGAGAUCAAAAUCUCCCGCAUGUUUGUGGCUGUGCCUGUGACGUGGGAAGGCCAAAUCCCCUUUUAUGUGGAUGAUGCAACGCGUUCAGAUGCCGAAAUCGAAGCUUCGCAAAACACGCCACGCCCAUUGCCUCCUAUUGCUCUUGACACGCGUCUGGACAAUCGCGUGUUGGACUUGCGAACGCCCACGAAUCAGGCCAUCUUCCGUUUGAACCACGGUGUGUGCCGUCUGUUCCGUGAAUUUUUGGAAAACAAUGGAUUUAUCGAGAUCCACACGCCUAAGCUUCAAGGCGCGGCUACGGAGAGUGGUGCAUCUGUCUUCAAAGUGGAUUACUUCAAGGGCAAGGCGUUCCUUGCGCAGAGUCCGCAGUUGGGUAAGCAGAUGGCAAUUUCUGCUGACUUUGGCCGUGUGUACGAGAUUGGUCCGGUGUUCCGUGCAGAGGACAGCAAUACAAACCGCCACAUGACUGAGUUCACCGGUCUCGAUCUGGAAAUGGCAUUCCAGGAGCAUUAUCACGAGGUGGUGGACCUUUUGAACCAAUUGUUCAUGUACAUCUUUAGCGAGCUACCCAAGCGCUAUGCCACCGAAAUUGCUGCGGUUCGACGUCAGUAUCCAUCUGAGGAGUUUUUGGUGCCAGAAGCGCCCGUGUGCCUCAACUUUAAGGAAGGUAUUCAAAUGCUGCGCGAUGCUGGCUACGAGGUCAAUGACCUCGACGAUCUAAGCACAGAGACCGAGCGUGCACUCGGCAAAUUGGUACGCGAUAAGUACAAGACGGACUUUUAUGCGCUGGACAAGUUCCCAAUGGAAGUGCGUCCAUUUUACACCAUGCCCGACCCAGAGGACUCGCGGUACUCCAAUUCGUACGAUUUCUUCAUGCGCGGCCAAGAGAUCUUGUCAGGUGCGCAGCGUAUUCACGAUGCCAAGUUUUUGGAAGAACGCCUGGCAGCAGCCAACAUUCCGGUGUCUUCUAUGAAGCACUAUGUUGAUGCCUUCCGUCUCGGUGCGCCACCACACGCGGGUGGUGGCAUUGGCCUCGAGCGUGUUCUGAUGCUCUACCUUGGGCUGAACAACAUCCGUCGUGUUAGCAUGUUCCCUCGUGACCCUAAGCGUGUGGAGCCGUAG